AUGGACGUCGCCAGCCUGGUGGCCGUCGCAGCUCAGGGUGGUCCAGGUUCGCGUGAGCCAUUGGCCAGAGGCGAGGGAAGCACUGGGCUGGCAGCCCCACCGGUCUUCGGCGGCGAGCCAGCAGAGAGAUGGCGUUUCGCCGAGAUCCAGACCGUGGAGCGCCGAAUCGUGCAGGUUGGCGUCGAGCGCCGCAACGAUGUGGAGCUCCAGCAGCAGAUCAGCGCCUAUGUGGCCGGCAUCGUUGACCUCCAGCAGGGCAGGCACGAGCUGGAGACCGUAGGUAUGCGCUUGAGGGUCACUGAGGCGGAGCUCGAGACGGCGAGGGACGGCCUCAGGGUCGAGUACGACGAGGCCAAGCAGUACUUGAACCACGAGAAGAGCGAGUACGAGCAGCAGAUCCGUCGUGCUCGACAUGCGGCUACCACCCACAUCCAGCAAGAGUUGCAGCAGUGCGUCGAGGAGCGCGACGCUGCGAUGGUGCGGUCCAGGGAUGUCCACAAUGCCGAGAUGCGGGUCUUGGAUGCCGAGGCCAAUCACGCCGAGUGGACCGAGGCGACCGAGCAGGUCCAGAGCGCCGAGGCGAAGGUGCGGCAGAGAGUCAUCGCAAAGGACCAGGACUUCGAGCGUCUCAAGGCGGAGGCGAGCGACCUGAAGUUCAAGUUGCAGGAGGAGUCCGAGAUCGCGCAGUUGGCGCGGCGGCGGCUGACUACACGUGCCCAGUUUUCGGACGACCAGCUGCGCGGGGAGCUCAACGACGCGGCCAUGAAGUGCGAGAUGGUGGAGGCCGAGGCGUCCAGGCAGAUCGCGGCUGCGUGGGCUGAGUGCGACAUGAAGGUCGAAUCAGCUCAGCACGAGGAGCGGGAGCACAAGCGAGGCGCAGAUUCGGCCAGGGUGAAUUUCUACGCAAGCCAGGCUUUGCACAACACCGAGAAGGAAUACUACGAGCACGAGGUCGACGAGUUGCGCGCCGAGUCCCGCGAGUUGAGGGACGAGAAGGCGGCCUUGGCGAGGGCGGCCCAGGAGCUGAUGGACAUCCAAGCUCCAGGACCGCAUGAGCAUGAGUACGCCGAAGGCCAUUGGGAGCAGCAGGACGACAUGGAUUUCGGCAGUCGGACUGAACCAGUCGAUCCAGGACCUGCGGUCCCACCAGGACUCUCGAGGCAGUCGGCGGCAACGCCGGGUGCAUCGUCCCAGGACGCUGGCAUCGCCGCAGCCAUGAUGGAGUUCAUGCGCCAGAUGGCCGACCAGCAGCGUGCUGGGGUCGAGGAGCAGAGCGCGCUGCUGAGGGGGCUUACGCGCGCCCAGGAGAGCUUGGCCGAGGCGCAGCGCGAAUCCCAGUCGAAGCUGAAGCCAGCGAAGCCUUCGCUCACGGGCAAGGAUGCGAGCACCUUGAAAGUCGAGCUUGAGAAGUUCCGCACCUACCAGAACGAAGCGCGCCAGAACAGCAAGGCGAUCUGGUUCGAGGGCGCAAGGGCCAUCGCUGAGGGCACCGCGAAGAUCGAGCUCGAAGACAUGAUCGUUACCGAGAUGGGUGGCGAGGAGGCUUUCCAGAAGCUG